AUGCAUGGCAACGCUGGGGGUCAGAUUCGGUGGUAUGGGUUGUUGGAGGGGUCGGAAGUCCACAAAGCGGUGUUCUUGGAUGAGAAGGGAGAGGAGAUGGAUGGAUGGGCACACGUGGAAGAGGGUUGCAAGGCUGUCCUUACCAUGCGGAGAAUUGACGGCAAGAAAAACCGGGGAUGGGAGUUUGGUGGCUGCCCAGGCCUCGCGGUCGCGUUUGGUCAUGGAUGGGGUAGACGGACGACCUUGGACGGAGACUUCAAGGAGCUCUCCAAAUUUUUCUUGCUCUGCGUCAGUGAAUUGGUAGUACUGGGAAUUGGGAGGCAGGGCGGACCGGUGGUGUGCUGA